GGUUGCUGGUCUUGGUGGGGCUCCGCCAGUAAAGCUUUCUGCGCACGCGCCUGGGCUACAUUGUUCCUGUGCCCAAACAGCCUUAGCUCGGAAGAGACAGCGUCAGGGUGUUGACUGCUGCCCAGAACUUUGUCUCUCCGCGGCGGCGCUCCAAGACGCGCCGGGUCCUGGGAGGAAUGACGUCAGGAUAGUCCCACGCGAAGGCGUCCGGAUGCCUUUGGAUCCUGACGCUCCGACCCCUUCGGCCUGCACCAGCUCGCCCUAAGGGGCGGGGCUCCCGCUGCUAUCCCGGCGCGUCUAAACUUUGCUCGCAAUGCCUCUGCCGCAGGGUGACGUGACUGCCUUAUUCCUAGGGCCUCCGGGCUCGGGAAAGUCCUCGUUGAUCGCUGCAUUAUGCGACAAGAAUGUGGACACGGUAGAGAUUCCUGAAGGACGGCCGGAUUCUGGAGUCCCCAGUCUGAGAGCUGCGGCCCCAGGCCUCUUCCUGGGCGAGCUGAGCUGCCCACCCGCAGCCCCAGGGCCUUGGGCGGCCGAGGCCAACUUGCUGGUAUUGGUGCUACCAGGAUCUGAGGGGACCGAGGAGCCCUUGACCCCAGCUCUGGGAGAGGCAGCGCGGGCCGCCCUGGCCCGAGGGACUCCGCUGCUGGCCGUGCGGAAUCUGCGUCCUGGAGAUUCCCAGAAUGCAGCUCAGGCCCGGGAACAGACUGCGGCCCUGCUGGACCGUGCUGAGUUAGGAGCUGCGCCUCUCUUUGUGCUGCCGGCCGAUUGCGGCAGCAGUGACUGCUGCGAGGAGCUAGAGCGCCUGCAGGUGGCGCUGCGAUCCCAGGCGGAGGCGCUGCAAAGGCUUCUGCCUCCUGCCCAGGAUGGCUUUGAGGUGCUGGGUGCAGCAGAGUUGGAAGCUGUGCGAGAGGCCUUCGAGACCGGUGGCCUGGAGGCGGCGCUGUCGUGGGUGCGCGCUGGCCUGGAGCGCCUGGGCAGCGCGCGACUGGAUCUGGCGGUGGCCGGCACUGCCAGUGUAGGCCUUGUGCUGGACAUGCUACUGGGACUGGAUCCGGGUGACCCAGGUGCUGCGCCUGCCUUGGAUCCCGCCGUGCCCACCCCUUAUCCGGCUCCAGAGCGCCCCAACGUGGUGCUCUGGGCCGUUCCCCUGGGCCCCACGGCCAUAUCCCCUACCACCACCCCUCACCCGACCCACUACGAUGCCCUGAUCCUUGUCACUCCUGGGGCUCCCACCCAAGAGAACUGGGCCCAGGUCCGCUCAUUGGUGUCACCAGAUGCUCCCCUCGUCGGUGUGCGCACAGACGGCCAGGGCGAGGAUCCCCCUGAGGCUCUGGAAGAAGAAAGGGCCGAGAAGCUCAAAAAUGCAAGCGACGGGAACUCAGGGGAUGCACGAAGCCAAGGAAAAGAAAACCCUGGCUCCGGGGACUCGGGGCCCACGGCUGCUCGGAGCCCGGAGGAUGAGUCGUGGGAGGUGCUGGAAGAGGUGCCUGCACCGGUCUUCCCUCUGCGUCCUUGUGGUCUCCCGGGGCUGGGAAGCUGGCUGCAGCGUGCACUGCCCGCGGCUCAGGCUGGGGCGCUGCUAUUGGCACUACCACCCGCAAGUGCCCGCGCGGCGCGGAGGAAGGCGGCGGCGCUGAGGGCAGGAGCGUGGAGGCCAGCCCUGCUGGCCAGCCUGGCGGCGGCGGCCGCCCCAGUACCAGGAUUGGGCUGGGCUUGCGACGUGGCGCUUCUACGGGGACAGCUGGCUGAGUGGCGCCGAGCGCUGGGUCUCGAACCUGCAGCCGUGGCACGCCGUGAGCACGCCCUGGGCUUGGCUCCCGGAGUUCUGGCCGCGCGCACGCGCUUCCCGGGCCCGGUGACGCGCGCAGAGGUGGAGGCCAGAUUGGGGUCCUGGGCCGGUGAGGGCACGGCGGGAGGCGCGGCGCUGGGCGCCCUCUCCUUCCUAUGGCCGGCUGGUGGCGCAGCUGCGACCGGUGGGCUCGGUUACCGCGCUGCGCACGGUGUACUGCUGCAGGCCCUGGAUGAGAUGCUGGCUGACGCUGAGGCAGUGCUGGGACCCCCAGAGUCCAACCAGUGAGGGGUAUGUGUGUGU